UGCCCAUAGUCGAGGUCUCACCUUCCGGAAGGGUGCGCGAACCGCCAGAGAUUGAGACCGCAAUUGAACAGGCCAUCGGUUCCUCUACCACCUCCGCGAGCCGGCGCACGAACUCGGCUCCCACUCUCGUCACAACUUCAACCACCAGCGUCUCUCCUGCCUCGGUCCAAGAUGAGGUUGCAUGUUCGAACUUUUGGGCUCCAGUUCAGAACGUCUGGAUUCGUCCUUCAUCCAUCGCCGUCAGUGCUGAAGCCUUUAAGACUGAAAACUUUGGAACAUGUGCUGUCGGACAAUACCACGCCAAUCGGAAUGCAUCAGCUUGAA